CUCCCGGUCAGCGGCCGCCGCCUCACGGCCCCCUUCCCUCCGCAGCUGCGGCCCAAGUUUGGGGACAUCUUUAGCCUCCAGAUGGCCUCGACCCCGGUGGUGGUGGUGAACGCCGGCUGCCGGGGGGGCCCUGGGUGCGAAUCUGAGGACACUUCGGACCGCCCCCCCUUAAACCACCUGGGCUUUGGGCCCAGCGCCCGAGGUGUGGUACUGGCCAGGUAUGGGGAAGCCUGGAAGGAGCAGAGGAGGUUCUCCCUGACCACGCUGAGGAACUUUGGGCUGGGAAAGCAGUCCCUGGAGCAGUGGGUGACCGACGAGGCAACGUUUCUCUGCUCUGCCUUUGCCUCCAAGGAAGGACGUCCCUUUGAUCCCCGAUCUCUCCUGAGCUUCUCGGUCACCAAUGUGAUCUCCUCUCUGACAUAUGGCAAGCGGUUCAACUACGACGACCCAAAGCUGGAGAAGUUGCUGGAGCUUCUGGAGGCCAGCCUGAAGGAGGACACGGGCCUGAUGCGGGAGGUGUUCAAUGAGUUUCCGGCUCUGCUCCACAUCCCGGGGAUGGCCCAGAGGUUCUUCAGAGCUCAGAAGGCCAUCUUUGACAUGCUGGAUGAAUUCUUAGAGGAGCACAAGAAAACCUUGGACCCGACUCAACCCCGGGACCUGACUGACUCCUUUCUGAUGGAGAUUGAGAAGGCUAAGGGGAUCCCGGGGAGCAGUUUCAACUUCAAAAACCUCCGCAUGGUCACCGGGGACCUGUUCUUUGCGGGCAUGGCAACCACGUCGACCACACUCCAGUGGGCACUGCUGCUCCUGCUCCACCAUCCCGACGUCCAGCAAAAGGUCCAGGAGGAAGUAGACCAAGUGAUUGGCCGGGACCGGAAGCCAACCAUGAAGGACCAGGCCCACAUGCAUUUCACCAAUGCCGUGAUACACGAAGUCCAGCGCUUCUCGGACAUUAUCCCCCUGGGCAUCCCACACAUGACAAGUCGGGACACUGAGAUCCAAGGCUUCUUCAUCCCAAAGGGAACCACCAUGAUCCUCAACCUGAGCUCAGUGCUGAAGGACGAGUCCACCUGGGAGAAGCCUUACCGGUUCCACCCCGGGCACUUCCUGGAUGCAGAAGGCCACUUUGUAAAGCAGGAAGCCUUCAUCCCCUUCUCUGCAGGUCGCCGAGUGUGCCUGGGGGAGUCACUGGCCAGGAUGGAACUGUUCCUCUUUUUCACUUGCAUGCUGCAGCACUUCACCUUUGUCCUGCCCGCGGGACACUCCCCACCCAGUGACAAGGCCGACAUCUCGCUUAUCUUGAAGCCUCGGCCCUUUCAACUCUGCGCCGUACCCAGAUAGGAGAGCCGGGGCCAAGGGUCUCAACCCCCCUGUCCUGAGUCCGGGCCCUUUGUUUGGCCAACCCGGCUCCUAUUCUUUACCCAUGUAACCCCAUCCUCUUGGGCUGAGGGAUCAUGUCCCUGACAGCCCGGGGAGUAAACCGCCUUCUCAGCUCAUGAACUUCCCGCCUUUGAAGUU